CAAUCUCUGUUUUCGAACCGGGCGGUCCGGUCCCAUUCCCCUAUCUCAUCACUCAUCACGCCUUCCCCUAACUUUUAAAAACUCAAUUAGGGUUUAAGAAGGCCUGGAUUUGGUGGCGGUGGGAGAUGGCCAAAUUCAAUGUGGUUCAAAAGAGGCGGCGAGCUGCCAUUGCCGAUAGGAAGAGGCAUGUUCACGGUGAUCCCGUCACAGGGAAGCUGCACCAGAAGCCCCAACCUCUCUCCAUCUCCGGCAAGCGCAAGCGCAAGCUUCUCAAAAAAUGGCGCCGGGAGCAAAAGGAGGCAGUUGAGAAAGGUUUAAUAACGAUGCAAGAUGUGGAGAUGGCGGUUGCUAAUGAGACUGCGCCGGAUGCCAAUAAAACUGCUAUUAAAUUUCCAAUUAAGAAGAGUUCAAAGGUUAGAGUUAAGCAAUUGAAGAAGAAAGGUAAGAGCAAGAAAAAGUCUCAAAAACCUGUUGGAGAAUUGUCAAGUGAUGCCAUGGUUGAGUAAGGAUAACCUGCCAGCCGCCGUAGAGAAUUUAACAGAUUCAGAAGUAGCUAUCUUGUGUUUACCUAGUUGUCUUGUCUAAGUUCCAUAGCUUUUUAGAAAACCGUCAUCCUUUAUAUGGUGUACUAUGUCAAUACAAUUGAUUUUUCAUAAGUUUAUACUGUUGGGCACUUGCAGUGACAGCUUUGUGUUACCCUACUCCAGGGAGAAGGAACUGUGAUGAUCAUUAUAUUUCAAGUAAAAUAUCCGUACAAUAUGAAUCGCUCUUUUAGAA